AUGGGCGAAACUUUUCAAUCUCACAAAGUCAUAGAUCAUAUUAUUCCUCCGGCAAAAGGCAAGGAGAAGCCACCUAAAAUAGAGGAGGAGAAGGAGAUGUGGGACACUCUCGAUGCCACGGUUCUCCAAUGGAUCUAUGCUACUAUCUCUCAUGAUUUUUUGCACACAAUUCUUGAACCUGACACCACGACGAUGGAGGCUUGGAAUAGGUUGUGUGACAUAUUUCAAGAUAACAAACAUUCCCGCGCCGUCAUCCUUGAGUACGAUUUCACACAUACUGAAAUGGAGAACUUUCCCAAUGUAUUGGCGUAUUGUCAACACCUUAAGUCAUUGUCGGAUCAACUCAAGAAUGUCGGUUCUCCGGUGGACAACAAUCGGCUGGUUCUCCAGUUGUUUUAUAAAGCUCGCUCGAUGCUUGUGCUUGAAGAGUAUGGCCUCAACAAGGCAGCUCAAACCACAUCCUCCGCUAUGAUUACUCGUGACUCAGACAAUUAUCAUGAAACCACUGAUCAAUCGUCUUUACACAGCAAUAACAAUGGUGGAAAACGACAUCAAAAUCAUGGAAAUUCUAGCAAAAAUAAGAAUUCCGAUGGGGGCCAAGGCAAGGGUACCUCUGAUGGCGGCGGCGGCGGCUCUGGAGGUGAGGGGAAGAACGGCGACGGCAACAACCGCAAUGGUGGACAACAGCAUCAUCCCCCCGCAACUGCAUCGUCUUGGCAGCAGUGGAUGCAGUGGCCUUGGAUACAAUGGCCCGUGACUCCUUAUCCUUUCCCUACUAGGCAGUGGGCUAGGCCCAAUCUGAACUUUCAGCAGUAG